AUGAUCCAGCAAAUUUCCUGUAACGGCUCUUUUCUUGGAAACAAGACUAAUAAAGUUUGGACACGGUUGAAGUAUACUCGUAUUAGUAAUAUUACAUCAUUACCACACAUAUUUAGUGAUGAUUAUACUAAUAUAUUAGCCGUUGGUAGGCCAAAUUCAAUUCAAAGCACCUCAAUAUGUCACUUUCACUCCCUCGUUACAAUCAUUCAAUCCAACAAGCAAACAACUCACAUAUAUUUUCUCCAUCAUUUCCUCCUCUCUUCAUUACCAUACAUAUAUAUAAACCACCACUAUCCAUUAUUCCCAUUACCAAUUCUUCAUCAAACAAACUUACACACAUAUACAACUAAUUAACACAAGUAUAUCAUAUAUAUUAUUUAGGUGCUGGUUCUGUAGGGUUCUUUUUUACCUACUAUUAUGGAUUGCUUGGUUAUGCCGGUUUCGGUCCUCAUAAGGCGGUGUUCCGGAAGGUUCUCGACCUCACGGCUAGGCUACCGGUCCUUGGCCGAUGAAGCUAUGCUCGACGGUGGUGAUUUGGUGACGGUGGUGGUGGGAAGUGAAAGAAGGCAAUUCUUGGUAGACUCAUUUGUGUUACAAGAGACCCCUUUUCGAGUUUUGAUAGAGUUGUCUAUGAAGAAUAAGAGGGAGUUUGUGAAUAAUUAUAUGGAUGAUGAUAUUACAAGUUGUUCUACAAAGAGGGUGAUUUUUGUUGAUGUGGAUGCUAUUUUGUUUGAGCAUAUGCUUUGGUUGAUGUAUAAUGAUUGCUCUUCUUUUUUUAAGCUUAAUGUUAAGGAGAUUCUUGAGUUUUAUGCUCAAGAUUAUUAAUUUCAUUAGAUUAACUAUUAUUUGUAUAUAAGAUUAUACUUAAUUAGUUGGGUUUGGGGUAGAGAAAGGAUAAUUCUUUUUAAAGGAAUAUUGAAUCACUUAUGAUAAAUAUUUCUUGUCAUAUUUCAUUAUGUAUACAUUGUGAAGGAUAUAAAAAUAAAAUCAUCGAUCAUUUUAGAAUUUCAA